GCCCUAAAGAAAGGAGUUAAACGGACGGUGGAAGAGCUUGUUGGUGAUGAAACAUUUUCCUUAUACGUGGAAAGCCUCCGAGUUCCAGAUUGGGUGCUAUUAUAUUUCAAGACCAAGGCAAGGAUAUCUGGUAAUACUUGGCAAGCUGUAAUCAAUAUCACCAAACUUGGAAGGACAGGGAAAUCCUCUGACACCAAUAUUGUUGAACCUUAACCAAAUGAAGGCGGCCAAAAAAGGGAAUUUUUUGAGUUUGUAAAGAAUACAUGGAUGUGAAAAAGGUGCCUUCUCCUUUACAAGGUUAUCAGGUGGAUUUGUUUCCUGUUUUGGAGUUGAUUGUCUGCGAGCAAAGGCUUCAUAAUGUGUGCUCACCAACUCUCAAACUUCUGAUGAAGAUAGAUGGAAGACCCUUUUGUGGUAGAAAUUAGGUGUUGGUAGGUCUGGUUCCCUGUCUUAACCCUGUUUACAACAUACAGAGUGCAAAGUCUGUUUACCCACUGGCCAUUGCCAAUUGUAAAGAAAACAGGGAAAGCCUGAAGGUACUUUUAAAGGAUCUAAAUGAACAAAAGAGAAUCAUCAAGAACCAAGGAAUUUUUGUUGAUGACAUGAAGUUCAAUGUAGAAUUUGAUGUUUUAUUGGACUACAAAACACUGAUCCUUCUUUUGGUAAAGAAAGGGGAUCUUGAUUUUCAACUUGGUGGUCGAGGGGUAGAUGUAGAAUUCUGCUUUAUAUGCAAUGCAAUCAGGGGUUGCAAAUGUCAUGAUGUGGCUCCAGAUGAAACCUGCCUAGAAUGCCUACGAAGCAAGUGUACCAUAGGCAGAUCAACUGGAAUCCGGGAUGAUCUCCUUUUUCUCUUUGAUGAAGAGCUUACUAGCAUUCAGUUGUGUGCACUACAUAUGGAGAUGCGCAAUACAGAGCAGUUGCUUGCAUCCAUUGGUCUGAUUGCCUACAAGAUUGGUUCACUUCCAGAAGCCAAUCAAGCCCUGAAGUGCUUUGGCCCAGAGUCUUUUCAUGGUGAUAGAAUUUCUGUUAAGAAGAAGAGUGGUCAGGAGUCUGCUAUUUCAAAGCAGAAUAUUCAUGUCAGCUCUAUGUCAGGUCCAACAGAAUUUGAAAUUCUUCAAAACCUUGAAGAGAUUGUGGGAUUCUCCCUUCCGCUGGACAAGUUGAAGCUCUCCUACACAGCUGUGUGGUUUAUAUUGUGCAGCGCCCAGAUGUUUCGUCGGAGAGCGCUUUUGAAAUGGGCACCAUUUAUAAUAGGCUGUAAGGUGAGCUGGCACAUUCAAGGGUGCUGUAUAACCCAGGGAUUCUUCUUUGAGUAUUUUGUCGAUGCCUUGGGGAGGCACAAGUUUCUCCGAGACUAUGGAACUCACACUGAGAUGAUUGAUUUGGAAGGCUCAGCUGUGAAAAUCCUUAUGGAAGAUCAUCUUGAAGCAUGGCAAAAAGAGUUAGCUGAAUUAUCGGACAAGGUUAAAAUGCUGUGCCGCUCACAACGAAAUACUGUUGAUGAAGAAAGUAUUGAGGUUGUAGAUUAUGUUGCAAAGAAGCAUCUGGAAAUGUUGAAAAGGGUUUGUAGAGAAUGGAAGGAAAUUGCACAGGUGACAAGAUCAAGGAUAUUUGAUGAAACGGAGCAAGGAGAAAUAGAUCUGUACAUGUUCAUGCAUAUCCCUAAGAUUAAGAGAUUAUGUUCAGUGCUGAUAAAAGGGAUUAUUUCACCUUUUUACAACUGCAUUUGUGAUGAAUACAAAAUAUGUAAGGAAUGGGGUUUCCUUUUGAAAGAUCUUUUUAGAAGCAGCCUUGGAACUGGGGACUAUGGGCACUUGCUUAUUGACCAUGCCCCCAUGCUUAUGAGAUGCUUUUUGUCAAUGACUGAGUUUAGUCAACGAGGAUUUGAAGCAUCCCAUAAGGACCAACGUCAGCUUUGGCUUAAAGCCACAAGCCAUGAUCAGCAUGGGGAAGCCUCAUUGAUUGAACAAAUGCUGGUGCACUUUUAUGCUGAACGGAUGUUGAUCUUUCGGCUAUCUCUCUGAGAAGCCUUAAAGUCAAUUCAUGUGAACUGUCGGCCAACAGAUAUUUUGGGGAGCUCUUCUUCAAUUUUACCCAUCAACUGUGUUUCAAAAGGGAAGACAUUGGAAAAUCAGAAUACUUUUCAAUUCUACUUUUCUGGCUGUGGUUGGAAAGCAAAGUCUGUUUCCUGGAAAUCUAGUGAUAUCCUCUGGAUUAAACUUUUGGACAAACUUCUGUCCAUGAUGUUUGGGGAGGAUUUCUUUGAGUAUGUAUUUGAUGCGAAAAGUGACCUGAAAUUGUUCCAGCAGCAGAAAAUGCCCAGCAAAUUUUCAAAGGCAAUUCAGAACCAACCAGAGAAUGUAAAAGAAUACUUUAGGUACAUAUCCCAAUCACUGGAUCAGGAUUUGCUUGACAGCAUUAAUGUGUUUAGCUCCUUUUUUUACACCAGGCUGUCAACUAGAGUUCAGACUGGAGAAACCUUUGUCUUGCCUGGUCCUGAUGAAAGAUAUGUCAAGGCAUCUCAGUUUACAAGGAGAGUGGACAUUUUCAAAAAUAAGUUUAUUUUCAUUCCAGUAUGUAGAAGUGGGCAUUGGUUCCUAUCUCUGAUAUAUAAUCUACCAACGCUCACAAGCAGAAGAAGAAAGGAUGAUGGUUGUACUGUAGUUCCAAUUCUGAUGAUUGACUCCAUUGUUUAUGGCCCAGAUAGAAAGAACUUUACUUGCUCUCCCUCCUCACGAGAACAAGAAGCAAACAUUAUCAGAAGGUAUAUGCACUAUACUGCAGUAAAUGGUUUGAACCCGGGGGUAACAUGUGAAGGUGUAGUCUGAUCGUCCGGGUGAGU